UGACAGUAAAUCAAUCGGGCAUCGAUGUACUCGAAACGUUCGGUUUUGUAAGAUUUGAAUGAAUUAAGAAUUAAAAAAAUUCUGAGUCCUGCGGUCAAUAAAAUGAAAAAUUAAAUAGAAAAUCCCGAUGCGAUACGACUAUUGAUAUACGCGCGAUUUUGACACGGUGUGAGUGGGUUUCAAGAACGCUGAAGUGAAUCGUAAACAUGCAAGAUACGUUGACAAUCCAGGAAUCCGGUACACGAAGAAAGUAGACACACUGGGUGAUCAACUUGAGACACCAAAAAUGGGUGAAUGUUCGUUGAAAAAAUAAUAAACGGUCAAAAAAUUGAUUUUCAAACGUAAAAUGUCCGCAGGCCGAACCCCGGAGCUUUGGCAAGUUUUCGCGUAACAGCAUUCGGUUAAAUUCCUCAAUCCGACGUCAGUUAACGUGCGAGCAUUCACAAGAGCUUGUAUUAAAGAUAAAUCACGUUUUGGUUAAGUUGUUAUCAGUUUAAGCAUUUCCGCGCAUGUUUCUUGCUCGCGAUAUUUGCGUGUAGAAUAAACGCGGACAAACGUAUCUUGUGACGACUGGAGUUCUGUCCUUAAUGUAUAUAUCUAUACGUCCGUAAUCUAUAAGUUCAGUGUGUGAUAUAGCGGUGCAGAGGAACGAACGGGGUUCAGCUACGUCGCAUUUUCCAGUGUUUGGCUCGUACACGGUGCGUCGCGUAUCGACGUGUUGCCGAAGCAAAUGUCAAGCGUUUAUUCAACCUUCGUAAUAACAGCGGUCUUUUUUUAUUCCCGAUAAUAUAAAUAAAAUAAUACAUUAAUACAGUGAAAUUGGCCGAAUUUUCGGGAGUGUUUAUCAACAAUGAGACAAGACGAAAUGGAAGGGCAAAUGCAGUGCAAAGCCGUGCCGGAACGAUCGGAGAACAGGACGAAGAACCAAAGUCCACCGACUUUGUUGUCGAGUUUACGGAGCGUCCUGUUCGUUAUUGGUACAGUCGUAGCCGGAUUCACAGCAUUUUGCAAUUCCUUGACCUGGCAUCUCCAGAGGUUUUGGGGUGCAUCCGGCGACUUCUGGCAAGCCAGAUGGGACGAAAUAUUGGACACAGUGGGCGAUGACCCCGUUACGUUAUGGGUUUAUGGAUCAAUGGCACUGAUGUUCGUUGUUUACUGGCUGUUUGGUGGUAUUUACACAAUAUUGGACAUAACAAAUCGACCAGCAGCAUUGCGACGUUACAAAAUCCAGCCAGGAACAAACGAACCAGUGGACAGACGAGCUCUUCUCAUAGUCAUUGCUCAGGUAUUGUUCAAUCAGUUUGUUGUUGGACUUCCGGUUGUUUAUUGCAGUUAUCUGUUGAUGGAAUGGCGGGGCUAUCCACUGAUGAGAGAAUUACCGACUUUUCACUGGGCACUUUCCGAAAUAGCCAUUCACAUACUGUUCGAGGAAAUUGGAUUCUACUAUUCGCACAGAUUGUUGCACAGUCGAUAUCUGUACAAGUACAUUCAUAAACAGCAUCACCAGUGGACGGCUCCGAUUGCUGUCACUGCGAUUUACUGCAAUCCGAUUGAGCACAUUUGUUCGAAUCUUAUACCACCGUUUCUGGGCGUUUUCAUUGUUGGUUCUCACGUUGCAACUGCGUAUUUGUGGUUCUCGUUGGCCAUACUUUCUACUCUCAAUGCUCACUCAGGCUACCAUUUGCCGUUUUUCCCGUCCCCGGAAGCUCAUGAUUUUCAUCACUUGAAAUUCAAUCAGUGUUUCGGAGUACUUGGAGUGUUGGAUCGUAUUCACGGAACCGACACCCAAUUCCGCAAUUCGCGAGCUUGUGCUCGUCAUGUUAUGAUGCUGAGCCUUGUACCGCCGAGAGAAGCGUUCCCGGACGAAGACAAAUACAGCAAGUCCAAUUAGAGAGUAAUCGAAGCUUGUGCUCAUGAGUUUACGCGAAAAAAGGGUGAAUUGUUGAACAUGUGAUUCGAGACACGACGUCGAAUCGAUGAUGCAAAAGCAAACGGAGGAAACGAAUUGACAAUGAGAAUACUAAUUUCUAUGUAAGGGCUGAGGGUUGUCCGAAUGAUACGUUCCGACGAGGCCGGAUACAUUUUUUUCAUAAGAAGUUCAAGAAAAGUUUGCUUUCGUUAUCAAUAAUGCGAAAUAAAAGUAUGCGAACGUGCGUGCAUAUAUUAAUGUUAUUAAUAUAAACACGGAACGGUUUAUAAACUAAAAUGCAGGCUACGAUAAGAAAAAACCGUGAUACACUUUUGAAGAUAGGAAAAAGUCGAAAAGUUCAAUUUAUUUUCAAUUGCUAGAUUUUGUCCUUCGAGUCGUAUGCAAAUCUCCAAGUGUCAUCUAUGAUCCUUAAAUUUUGCACGAAAUCCGAACAUUCUUGCAACCUUUUAGAUUUCUCAUGGAGUAAAAAUUUAGGAGUGUAUUUAAAUGAUGAAAUAGCGUACGAUCAUGAUGAUUAGUAAUACGAAAUUUUAAGUUCGAAAUUUCAAACGACAAAUACAGAUUUGUAAAUUGAGGCGGAAAUGUUUUUAUACUAACAGGAAAUAUGAUCAAUGACAGAAUUCCAAUCUGGUGACGUUGAAAUUUCCAUUAUUACGAAAAAUCCACUAUUUAUUAUACGUUAAUGGUAAUUUUUCGUAAAUCAUUGUUUUCAGUUCGCAUUAACAAUCAACAUUUUCCGAAUUUUCAUUGAAUCCCAACGGUAGUUGUAUUUAAAAAUACGAGAUUAAUAAUAAUGCUUGUCCUGUGCUAGCCUUGAAAACAGUUUUACUCGCAACCUGAUUAGGCGAGGAAACUUUAAAAAACAUUAGAGAGGACAUUAAAAUUAUGUGAAAAUCAAAAUUUGAACGAGAAACGACGGACGUCAAAGCGCCGAUACAAACGAAAUUAUGCGUGUUGCAUUUCUCAGAAAAUUAAAUUUUGACGAUAAAAUAAUUAAGAAAAGAAUUAUCGUUCACUCGGUUGACAAUGAUUUCGGAACUUUCGUGCAUGAAAAUAUACAUAAAAAUAAAUGAAGGUUUCGUUGAGAUUUACAAUCAUCCCGAAAACGCUAUUCCGAACGCACACUAAAUAAAUGACCUUUUGUUGUUCACUUGUCUCUACAUACGUCUCUAAAAUUACCAAUUAGAAAAUCAGUGGGAAACGAAACAAAAAAAAUCAAGCAACAAAAACAUGUAUAACAGAACACUAUUUUUAUAUUCGUACUUCUGUUGUCUUUCUGUAGUAUUAAUAAUCAUAAUUAUAUUAAAUAAUAAUUAACAUCGAUAAUAAUAAUGAAAUACAAAAAAAGUUGAUGGAGCAGACUUCUACAGUACAAUCCGACUGCUUUGAUCGAUCAUAGAGACAAAAACAUUCUUGUUUUUUUUCAUGGAAAAUGGAUAUUGUGAAACUCGUUGUGUCGCGUCAAAUAGGAAAAUUGGUUACUGACAGUUUAUUGUAAUUACUGCUUUGGGCCAGUAAGUAGGACAUUCUGUUAUCUUUAAUCUUCCGACUGUUGAAAAAGAGCACUUGAAGGAGGCACAGGGUCGGCUGAUAAGAACCACUAAUUACAAAUUUUUCAUGAUAAUUAUUUGAUUACGAGGUUUAUAAGAGAAAUAAAAUAGCGCGGAUCGAUGAUCAUUUGAUAAUAAGAAGGAGCACACAACUGAAAAAGUGUAACUCGUGGAUAUUGAUAAAGACAAUAUUUUUUGUCUUACUACUUUCAUAAAUUGCAGAACGAUUUGACUCUCACCGGUGUAAAGUUUUUCGACUUUCAAUAAACCAGACAAAUCCCUGUA